AUGUUUCCUGAGGUAGCCACUCGCCGUAUUCGAGCCCCCAAGGAUAAGAAUAGCUUGGAGAACAUAAUGUAUGUACGUUCUGUUAUCUGUAACGCCUUCCCAGCUACAUCUAAGAACAGCUCGGAUAUUAGAGAAAAUAUAGAGCUCUUUGCGACGUUACUUCAUAGGGGAAGCAUCUCAGGGCUUGAAAAUGUCCAGAGUGCCAUUACAAGUGACAACCUUGAAUUUCUAAAGGUGGUGUACUGCAAGGCAGACAACUUCUUAGAAAUAAAGACACAGGUUGUUAUGUCCUAUGCCUAUCUCCUUCAGAAUCUAACGGAGGACAUGCUUAGCUUGCUUUUGCAGUCUGAGCCUAUGCAGGACGUGCUCACCUCCGCCCUGUCAUCGCCAAAUCCGGACAUCCGCGGCUACGCAACUGCAAGCCUCAAGUUCAUAGCCUCGUCAAUUACAGUUAAGCAGCUUAAUUUACUGAGUGUUGGCGGCGAAUAUCCAUUUUUAGUGAAGAUUACCAACUGCUACGCCACAGGUGAGAAGGACCAGCAGAUGGCUGUUAAAGGGUUAAUACUGGCCUCACUGCAGCACAGCCAGACUCACAGAGGCCAAUUGCCAGAGCUCCUAGAGUGGAUAAAUCGCGUGUUGCUGGGGCCAUUUAUCUCUUAUAUGUGCUACGAGCUAUUGGUGAUGUCUGUCGACUUAGCCAAUCUGAGCGACGGACCAUACUGCCCACCGCAUGACCCAGCGAAAAGAUCUCAGAUAAAAGAGCUUCAUGAGAAGAUCUCAGAUAUUUUAGACUUCUUCCUUGACUUGAGCUCUGUGCGACACGAGGAGCAAUGCAUGGAGGUGUCGAGGAUCAUUACUCAGCGCCUUAUUGAGCUGGUGAUUGGUCCUGUAAUCUUAGUAUCUCUUCAGCAUUGUCGCUUCGAGAAGGUUGCCCAGCACAACAUUAGUUGGCCGAUAUACAGCUUUUCCGUGAGAGGAUGUCUCAGCAAUAAUGAUGAAAAAGCAGAUACAGACUCUAAUCCGCAAGGAGGACAGCUUGGCGCGCCAUCUCUACCCUUGCAAUCAACAGGAUUGGCCCUUAGUUCUAGAAGCAUAGACUCUGUAGAUACAAGCAAAGGCAGUGUAAUGGGUGACAGCAUGAUAUUGGACAGUAGCUAUAACGGAGGACAGUCGCUCUCUGUUUCCGUUUCAAUGGAUGCAAAUCAGGCACUCAUACAGAAAAUGCCACCUGUUCUACCAGUGCACAUAGUGCUCAUAUUAUUGGUACACAUUAUGAGUACCUUUAGGGGCAGCAUCAUCGGGCAGUACCUGUACAGGAUCUUCUUUCUGGACAAAGGGUCUGUGGAACAGUUGCAAGAGCUCAUCGUGUGCCCUGUUGUAACAGGGGCUCUAAUAACCAUCAUAUCCUCAUCAAAUAGUCUGACCCAGAACGCUAUUCUCUCUGACUCUCCGGACUUGCAGCACCAAAAGAUCUGCUACGGGCCAGCGGUUGUUCGUGAGUGGUGUGAGUACUUUAGUCGAACACAUGAUAGUGCAAAAGACCCUGUGCUGCUGCGCCUUAUUUCAAGGGUCAUACAAAAGUACACGGGCAUAUCCCUAUCGUGCGGAAAUGAUAUGUUAGAUCUUGUGUUGAUUAGGUUUUUCUUGGCCCUUCACACGUAUUCACAAGAGUGUGGGGGAGAUUCUUCCGCUAUUUUUGUUAGUAUGCAGGGCCCGCGUUUUGUUGCCCAGACUAUUGCAUCUUCUUGCAAGAAGCACAUGCGGAGCGUGACGCUUAAGCAAUUGGUAGACCUAACAGAUGUAUACAAGAGUAAGCUAGAUGGUGCGGAGAUACAUAAGGAUGCCUCCAGGCAAGUGGAUGUCCUAGAGGCGUUAGCUGUGCAGGAAAGGGAAUGCCAGAAACUUCGGUUGACAAUCAGUAGCGAGGGACACUCCCCAGAGUGGAAGACCCUUUUUCCAGAGGAGGACAGCUCAUCACAUCCUAAAAAGCAGAUGCAACACCUCGUACGGCUCUACACAACCCUUUCACUAUACCAGGAUGAAAUAAUUCCAUAUGACACACUGGUAACAAUCUUCAAGACCAUAAAGCAGAACUUCUCACCCGUUGCUUAG